UAAAUGGGACAGAACAGUAAUGUUUUGUUUUUUGUGAAAAAUCGGGAUAUUGGUUCGUAUUAGCCCCACGAUCAUUAUAUUUCUAUGGUUUAUGUUCUAUAAAUUCUUCGAAGAUGAGCAAUAUUUAUAUCCAAGAGCCACCAACAAAUGGAAAGGUUCUGCUCAAGACGACAGCAGGAGACAUUGACAUUGAGUUGUGGUCAAAAGAAGCGCCAAAAGCUUGUAGAAACUUUGUGCAGCUUUGUAUGGAAGGGUACUACGAUGGCACAAUAUUCCACAGAGUUGUUCCAGAUUUUAUCAUCCAGGGAGGAGAUCCCACUGGGACAGGGGCAGGUGGAGAAUCCGUUUAUGGACACCCAUUUAAGGAUGAAUUUCACUCAAGGCUGCGCUUCAUUCGCAGAGGGCUGGUUGCCAUGGCUAAUGCUGGGCCACAUGAUAAUGGAAGUCAGUUUUUCUUUACUCUGGCACGUGCUGAUGAACUCAAUAAUAAACAUACCAUAUUUGGGAAGGUAACAGGUGACACUGUAUAUAAUAUGCUGAGACUGGCAGAAGUUGCUUGUGAUUGCAAUGAAAGACCAUUGAAGCCACAUAUAAGAAGCACUGAGGUUCUAUCUUCUCCUUUUGAUGAUAUUGAACCACGUGAAACAAAAAAUUCUAAAUUUGAAAGAAAAGAAGAAGUUAAGAAAUCACAAUCAAAAGCCACAAAGAACUUCAGCCUGUUGUCAUUUGGCGAAGAAGCUGAAGAAGAGGAGGAAGCAGCAAACCAAGUUACUCAGUCUUUUAAAGGAAAAAGUAAAAGUAGCCAUGACCUUUUAAAAGAUGAUCCCAAAUUGAGCUCUGUACCAGCAGUGCAUAGCUCAAGUCUGACUCCAGAGGAAGAAGAUAGGUUGAAGGAAAUUGCUAAUAAACUAAAGAAAGAAACAAAUACUGCAAAAACCACUGACAAAGAGGAGCAAGGGGAAAAGUCGAGCAGAAGGGAUGAACUGCGGAAAGAGGUGCGUCAGCUGAAAAAAGAGAUUCUUGCCAUUAAACAAAGGAAAGAUGAAAGCUCAAAACUUGCCUCAGAAGAAAUCAAAGAGGAGAAAAAGCCUGUGAGUGAGGCUGUGGCUGAAUACCUCGAAGGACGGAAAAAAUAUGAGGAGCUCCGAAAACAAAAAAAGAAAAAAGGAUCAAGUAGAGAACAGCAGACUCUUGCCCUCCUGGAGUCUUUUAAGUCCAAAUUGUCUUCUGCCAUUACUGACUCUCCAGAGGAGGACGUGGAGGAGUUAGCGGAUGAUGACGACAAAGGAUGGAUGGGCCAUGUUCUGCAGUUUGACGAGCAAACCAGAAAAGUGAAGGAUGCCAACAUGCAGGACGAGGACACGUUUGAGAUCUACGACCCACGUAACCCCGUCAAUAAACGUAGGAGAGAGGAGAGUAAGAAAAUCCUGAAGGAGAAGAAGGCCAAGAGGUGAGGCGUCACGGUCAGAGGUCAGGUCCUAUCCAAGCUCUGUGACUGAAGAAGUGGUCAAACAACAACAUCCAAAGAGCUCCACUUUGAAGCUAUCAUGCUUUUUGAACUGUCAUCUGGCUCAAACAUCUGGAUUGAGUGCACAUACCAUUCCUUUAAUCUGUGAUGGAAAGAUAUCUGCUCACAAGACAGCUGUGUCUAGGCAAUUAGCUUAAUCAGUAUAAAAGUGUUC